GUUCUACAAGUUUUAAAAAGACAAAUGUUGCUUAAAGCUUGAUGAUGAACCCCAAAUUUAAUGUCUCCUUUAGUGUUAUAAUAGUGCAUAAGCACAUGCUGGAUUUGUUUGUUUUCUUGCAGAUGACAGUGCAGUGACUCACUGAUUGCAAAGCACUGAUUUUUUUUUCUAUGUGAAAAAGAAACCUAAAGAUACAUGAACAACAUUAAUAUAGUGAAAUAAACACAGCUAGCUGAAUGGAGAGGUCAAGAACAGUAAAAAAAGACAAAAUGGCUCAACUCAUGGUCCACUUGUAAGCUUUUUCCGGAACUUUCAGGCGUAUCUCACAAUCUUCAUUAGUGCACAGAGUUACCUACAUAUGGAAUACUGGUCACAUUAUAACAGGUGGUCGUAUAUGGCCAGCUAAUAUAUAUAGUUGAAGUAGAGUCGUUACACACAAUCAAUGAAAGAAGGUAAUGCCUGCACACUUACUCCAAGCCACAACAUUUAGUCAAAUCAAGACAUUUCGAUCCUACUCAGAUCUUUGUCAGACCAGAAUGUUAUCUAAUUAAUGUUAACUAAUUAAAUCAUCAUAGCAGCCAGAUACAUCAAAUUACAGAUGAAAACAGGUACAUAAACACAAAUAUUAAAAUAUAGUCAAAUAUUAGUGUGCCAUGAGCAAAGCGAUUAGAAUAAUAAGUAAAUGAACCUUGACUCCAGAUUUGUCAAACAACUGACAAGGUCAAGAAUGAACUAUACCUGAUAAUCUGAAAUGCUCUCACAACUAACAAUGAAGAGUGCAACUAUGAAGUGUAAAUGACGUAUAGUGUACAUGCUAGCUGUAUGACUCAAACACCACAGAACAUGAACCAAGAGUGACAAAGUGCAAUAUAGUGUAUCAUGACAUGGGAAUAUGAUGAACACAGAUAGAGAUGUGUAUGCUGAUUUUCACAUGUGAAAGACAUAUGAUAGCAUUGCAGUGAGCACACAAACGUAUAUAAAUCUGUAUUAUUUAUAUACAGUCUAUGACUGAACAGAAGGCAAAAGCCGUGAUUUGCUGUAUUUCCGACAGCCCUUGAAAGCAGCACCGGCACAGACGUGGCCGUGGUGCGGCUGCUGCGUUCAGGUGGCGCAGUGUCCCGUCCGGAGGCAGAGAGGGCGAAGUUUCACUCGGUUUCAGUCUCUGCACUGCAGCCUGAGCGCUGCUGCCGGAAUCCAACACAACAAUGGCGACUCCCAGUCCUGACAGCAACUCCAGCAGCUCCAGCAGCUCCAGCAGCAGCAGCACCGCAGGAUCCACGUCGCACCAGUUUCACCAGCAGACACAGAGCAGCAGCAUGCAAGAAACCAACACCUGCUGGAGAUGUCAAAAUGAAACAGGGUUUCAGAUAAGCCUGUCUGGAGUGUCCCAAAGUAAACGUAAAGCUCUGAAGCUGAAUUUCGCCAACCCUCCAGUGAAACCGGCCUCAAGGCUCCCGCUCAAUCCAACGCCCCCCUCUUUCCAGAACCCUCACAUAGAGCGUCUGCGGACACACAGUAUCGAGUCGUCGGGGAAGCUUAAGAUCUCUCCGGAGCAGCAUUGUGACUUCACUGCAGAGGAUCUGAGAGACCUCGGGGAGAUUGGUCGCGGGGCGUAUGGCUCCGUUAACAAGAUGGUCCACAAGCCCACGGGCCAGAUCAUGGCAGUCAAGAGGAUUCGCUCCACUGUGGAUGAGAAGGAGCAGAAGCAGCUGCUGAUGGAUCUUGACGUGGUGAUGAGGAGUAGCGACUGUCCCUACAUCGUUCAGUUCUACGGCGCUCUCUUCAGAGAGGGUGACUGUUGGAUUUGUAUGGAGCUCAUGUCUACCUCAUUAGACAAAUUCUACAAAUAUGUAUAUUGUGCAUUAGAUGACGUCAUUCCAGAGGAAAUAUUAGGCAAAAUAACAUUAGCAACCGUUAAAGCACUGAACCACUUAAAAGAAAACUUGAAAAUAAUUCACAGAGACAUCAAACCUUCCAACAUUCUAAUGGACCGAAGGGGAAAUAUCAAGCUGUGUGAUUUCGGCAUCAGCGGUCAGCUGGUGGACUCCAUAGCCAAGACCAGAGAUGCAGGCUGCAGGCCUUACAUGGCACCUGAAAGGAUAGACCCCAGUGCUUCCAGACAAGGCUACGAUGUCCGGUCUGAUGUGUGGAGCUUGGGAAUCACCCUGUAUGAGCUGGCCACAGGAAGGUUUCCUUACCCCAAGUGGAACAGUGUUUUUGAUCAGCUGACACAAGUGGUGAAAGGAGAGCCUCCUCAGCUCAGCAACUCGGAGGAGAGGCAGUUCUCCCCCAAGUUCAUCAACUUUGUUAACCUAUGCCUUACGAAGGAUGAAUCAAAAAGGCCAAAGUACAAAGAGCUUCUGAAACACCCCUUCAUUCUGAUGUAUGAAGAGCGUUUUGUGGAUGUCGCCAGUUACGUGUGCCGCAUCCUGGAUCAGAUCCCCGCCUCUCCCAUCUCUCCUAUGUAUGUGGACUGAGGGAGUUUGCCUGGGGAGGGAGGGGUCACCCAACAUGCGGUGGGUGGGACACUAAGCUUUGUGAUGCGACGCUUGACAUCUUAGCCCUCAGAGUUACGUAGGAUCACCUGUUUAUUCACAUGUUCCAAAGAACAAAGGAACCAAGUCCAAAUUGCCCAGUGCAAUGAGAUGAAUAUUGUUAAGCAAACCCUUCCACCUCCCAUCACCUCAUUUAAAGUCAGUGAAACCUAAAAUAUUAUCAUCCAUCUUCAGCCAGAAAAACUUGAAGACAUAACAUUGUCUUAGUAAAAUGCAAUGCAUCCUUUUAUGUGAGGAAAAAUGAAUAGAGUAUACGUAUAUAUAUACUUGAACUCGUUGUACACAAUACAGAUUUUACCAAAUAAAAUGUUGAACAGUGA